GGAAGGGGAAUGCAUUCAGCAGAGGGUCCAGCUGAGCCGUGGCGUGGGGAAGGCAGGGUAGUGGCCAGCUGAACGCAGAGGGUGACCCAGGCAGCAGCAAGAAUUGCUCUGUGUUGCCGCAGACCAGCAGUGCAAUAAUGGGAGUGGAAAUUGAGACAAUCUCCCCCGGAGACGGACGGACAUUUCCAAAGAAGGGUCAGACGUGUGUGGUACACUACACAGGGAUGCUACAGAAUGGAAAGAAGUUUGAUUCCUCCAGAGACCGAAACAAGCCUUUCAGGUUCAAGAUCGGCAGACAAGAAGUCAUUAAAGGAUUUGAGGAAGGAGCUGCACAGAUGAGCUUAGGACAAAGAGCAAAGCUGACCUGUACACCUGACAUGGCGUAUGGAGCCACAGGCCAUCCUGGAGUCAUCCCUCCCAAUGCUACCCUCAUCUUCGACGUGGAGCUGCUCAGGUUAGAGUAAAGCCUUUCAUGGGAGCCGGGUGAAGAAAUCUGCUGAUAAUCAUCCAUUCUUUUCCCCUUCCCUAUGGUAAGAGGAGGCUGCACUGGAAUCACAAUCUUCCCUGCUUGAGCUGUCAUGCCAAUAGCGCCUGCCCUUAGGUUGUUUAUUCCUUUCCUUCUUUUUUAAAGUUUGUGUCCGUAUUUGUUUUCUAUUAGAAGCUGCUUUGCUCUGAGAAAAAUUUCCACCGUUGUAACAUUUUUGAGUUGUACAUUUCAUUUAAUUUGCAUGUGAUUAAAAUUCACAAUGA